CUGUCCACGUGGCAGCGUGCGGAGGUAAAAUAGCGAUUGUAGCCGGCGGUGACGUAAAAAGGUCGCGCCGUAAUUCAGUGCGUACGGCUUCCGCGGGAAGGGAUGCUUCUCCACCGCAGUCAUGGUCCGCAGCAGUUGCUUAUUGUUGAGAAAGUAUGGAAACUUCAUCGAUAACCUAAGACUCUUCACCAGGGGAGGAAGUGGUGGAAUGGGUUACCCUCGCUUAGGUGGAGAAGGUGGAAAAGGUGGUGAUGUCUGGGUUGUAGCCCAGAACAAAAUGACUUUAAAACAACUUAAAGACAGAUAUCCUCAGAAACGGUUUGUGGCUGGAGAAGGAGCAAACAGUCGAGUUAGUGCACUAAAAGGCUGCAAAGGAAAAGACUGUGAAAUUCCGGUACCUGUUGGUAUUUCAGUAACUGAUGAAAAUGGUAAAAUUAUAGGAGAACUCAAUAAAGAGAAAGACAGAAUUUUGGUAGCUGAAGGAGGUCUUGGUGGUAAAUUACUUACAAAUUUCUUACCACUGAAAGGCCAGAAACGAGUAAUUCACCUUGAUCUAAAACUUAUAGCUGAUAUAGGUCUAGUGGGAUUCCCAAAUGCUGGAAAAUCCUCUUUGCUAAGUAAGAUUUCUCAUGCAAAACCUACAAUUGCAGAUUAUGCAUUUACAACAUUAAAGCCUGAACUUGGAAAAAUUAUGUAUAAUGAUUUCAAACAGGUAUCAGUAGCUGAUCUUCCUGGUUUAGUAGAAGGAGCACAUAGGAACAAAGGAAUGGGCCACAAAUUCCUCAAGCAUAUAGAAAGAACUAGACAACUCCUUUUUGUUGUUGAUAUUUUUGGAUUUCAGCUUUCUUCCCAAACUCAAUACAGAUCUGCCUUUGAAACCAUAAUACUGCUUACAAAAGAGUUGGAGUUGUACAAAGAGGAGCUUCAGACAAAACCUGCACUCCUGGCAGUUAAUAAAAUGGACCUGCCAGACGCUCAAGAUAAAUUCCAUGUACUGAUGAGCCAACUCCAGAAUCCUAAAGAUUUUUUGUAUUUAUUUGAAAAAAACAUGAUUCCAGAGAGGACUGUGGAGUUCCAACACAUCAUCCCCAUCUCUGCAGUUACUGGAGAAGGAAUUGAUGAACUUAAAAACUGUGUAAGAAAGUCUCUGGAUGAAAAUGCCAACCAGGAAAAUGAUGCACAUCAUAAGAAGCAGUUGCUUAAUUUACGCAUUUCCAAUACAGUAUCUUACAGUGAGCCACCAUCAAAGAACGCUCUUACUAGUCCCAGAAUGGAUGUAACAUAAAUCAAUUAAAAAUGAUAUUGAAAUUAUGUUCAUUUGAAAGCUUUUCCACAGACAGUUUUUAGGUUAGUUGUUACUAAUCUGAUACAUAUAUAUGCCAUCAUUCAAGAACCAUACUUUUUACAGUUGUUUUGAGGUUGUCUAUCAACAGCAAAAAAAAGUAACUGCAGACUAAAAAUGACAGUUUAUAAUUUUAUGGCCAAUUCACCUAUAAUAAAAUCCUCUGAUAUUCCUAACGUAUGAUGUCCCUAGUGAGAUCAUUUUUUAAAUUAUGUAAGAGGAUUCCCUAGAGUAGUUUUAGAAGGAGCAACUAGGUUUUGUUUGUGUUUUUGAGUCUGUCUUGUACAUGGUCCCACUAAAAUAUAUAAUAGUUCUCCUUUUUGGAAAAUUUCAAAACCCUAAAUUUGAGUAUAUUCAGUGGUAAUAAAGAUCACUGAUAAUGUUUAACCCAAA